AUGCGGAAGGAGGAGGCAGCCAUGUCGGCAGCAACGGGGAAGCCGAUCCUGUACAGCAAAUGGUUCAGCUCCUGCUCGCACCGGGUUCGGAUCGCCCUUAACCUCAAAGGUGUGGAUUUCGAGUACAGAGCGACCAACCCGAUGACAGAUCCAGAUUAUGAGAAAAUCAAUCCUGUUAAGUUUGUCCCAGCAUUAGUGGAUGGGGAUUUUGUUGUUUCCGACUCGUUCGCAAUCAUUUUGUAUAUGGAAGACAAGUACCCUCAGUGUCCUCUCUUACCCCGAGAUCUGAAAAAGAAAGCUCUUAAUUUGCAGAUUGCAAGCAUAGUGUGUUCAAGCAUCCAGCCUCUUCAGAGCCAUGCUGUCAUUGUGCGUACAGAUAGAAUCUUUGGCACAAUGGACACCAAUGAGAGCCUUCAGAUGGUUCAAUAUUAUAUUGACAAAGGCUUCAGAGCGAUUGAGAAACUUCUGGAAGGAUGUGACAGCAAAUAUGCCACUGGAGAUGAAGUUCAAAUGGCGGAUGUGUUUUUAGCGCCCCAGAUCCACGCUGGUGUGACACGCUUCCAAAUCGAUAUGUCAAAGUACCCUAUUUUGGCAAGGCUUCAAGACGCUUACAAUGAGCAUCCUGCAUUUCAAGCCGCACUUCCUGCGAACCAACCAGAUGCUCCUCCAUCCCAGUAA